AUGUCGCUCGAAGAAAUUAAAGAUGUCCUCAAAGAUAAUCUCGAAAAGAGAGGUGUAUUGAACAAGAUCCGAGCGAAUUUGAGGGCUGAAAUUUUUAAAGCGUUUGAACAAUCGGAGGAUCCUGCAAAUACAUCAUUGUCUGAACCACAGGCUGAAUUUUGGUUGAAGAAAGAACAACUUAGGCCUCAACCUUCGGAGAUGCAAUUUCUCAUCAAUGAAUUAAUCAUUGAGUAUUUGGAAUACAAUCAUUUUGAUUAUAGUGCAUCGGUGUUUAAAAAAGAAUGCAAUCAACCUGAGGAGAGGUUUGAUCAUCGAUUCUUGGCACAUGAAUUAAAUUUACGAACAACCUAUGAAGAAAUUGAGGAAGAAGAAGAACAUCAAGAAACAAUUCCAUUGUUGUUUAAAAUUAUUCACAAAUUGAGAAAUGAAAAUAUCAAUGAAAAGAGAGCGAAUAUCAAUCAGCAAGCAACUGUCUCAACGAAAAUCCAAUUCAGCAGUAAUAACAACAAUAAUGGGAAUGUAGCAUUUCAACCCUCAUCGAAUGGAAUACCUAAAAAACUCAAACAAAUUCUUGUCAAUGAUCUAGAUUGUAGCUCAAUUUCGACAAGUACUGAUGAUUCCUCCACCUUCACAGCAAAUAAUGCAAGAGGAGGAAUGGAUCCUUUCGCAGCAAAAAAAGUGAGUGACAUUUUACAAAACUCGAACAAGCUUUCAAAAUUGCAACCCCAACAACGAAAAGCUAAUGAAGCUCCGGUGCAACCUCAGAAAAGUUCUCGAGUAUUUAAACCUCAGAAAAAUCGGCCUGAUACUCACACUGAUUUUGAUGUGGCAUGUACAGAUGUGAGCUCCUUGUCAUCGUGCGACAACAACUCUGAAUUCGAAAUUGGACCUCCCCCAAAGAAUAAGAACAUUUCGAGUGGACUUCCUCCUCCGUUUAAAGCCUUCAAUGAUUCCUCCAUGACGACUAUGGAAGAAUCCACAGAGCUCGUGUACAGCAAUCAAAACCAUCGUUGA